AUGAAUUCAAUUUCUCGUGCAGUCACCUCACGUUUCCAUGAUAUAUCGAACAAAAGGCAAAGACUUGUAGGAGGAGGAAAGGAUUCAGAUUUUGUGAAUCCAAGUUGGACAGAUCCCACCACCAGCGACUUCAACUGUUUCGAACCACCGGAACUGAUCAUUUCGGAGGAGGACUGGCAUGAGAGUCCUUCACUCGAGACGAAGUUCGGAAAAGUUACGUUCCCUGCAGAAACAAAAAGUCAGAAUAAUAUUUCAAAAAAGGUUACAUCAGUGGUACGGAGGCUUUCACCGUUUGGUAGCAACAAUAACCUUUCAAAGGACAAAGACGAGGAAAAACAUGAAAGCACCGAGGAAAAGAAAUCACAGAAAAUUUUCAAGGAGACUAGAGGCAAAAUGGACAGGAUCAAAAAGUCGUUCAAAACCAACGAACGUCAGCAGCUAAUCGAUUCGGAUGAGGAACAGUAG